AUGGGAAGUGGUAUGGAUUUCUUCAACUGGCUGGAUUACGAUGUGUUGAUGAAGAUUUUAUUGUGCUUGGAUGAUCCUGCUGACCUUGUCCGCGUCAGUUCCGUCUCCCGGACUUGGAGACAUUUUGUUGUCACAAAUGGUCUUAGCAGGCAGCUCUGCGUGAGAAUGUUCCCUACUUUGCAUAGACUUGACCAUGUGGUUGAACCAAGCCGUUGUGUUAAGGAUAUUGCAGAAGUUGGUUGCAGCAGAUAUGUGGAAGAUGAAAAUCUUGGGGUGGAGCACAGAGCUUUUGCAUUUCUGGCUCGUUCUUGCAAAACUUUCCCUUUGAGAGAUUGUAUAGGAGAAGCAAUAUGUGCUUCUAGCACAGAUAAUUAUCCGGAUGAGAGCGUUCGUAAUACCCUGGAACCACAUGAGAGAGUUGGAAGGCGGCCUUCUUAUUGGUCAAGUAAAGGACAAACCACGUCUUCGGUGCCUGAGACGCUCGUCUAUAAGCUGGCCAGUGAUGUAUGUGUGGUUUCUGAAAUCAACAUAAAGCCAUUCGAAGCUUAUUUUCAGUGGGGUUCUCCUAUAUAUUCUGCCAAAUCUGUAAGAUUUCGGUUUGGCCAUCCCAAUGUUCCAUUGGAUGGGACCAUGAGCGAGCCAUGUGACGGUUUUUCUGCUGAGAAAUUCACAUGGACUUACACUACCGCUGAGUUCCCUAUGGCACAGGAGAAUCAACUACAAAAUUUCAAGCUUCCUGAACCCGUUCUUUGCAUUGGUGGAAUGCUGAUGAUUGAGCUUUUAGGCAGAGUUCAGAAACAAACAAUGGAUGGGAUGUUCUAUAUAUGCAUCUGUCACGUCCAAGUCGUGGGUCGCCCUUUAUCACCUGCAUUUGGGGUAGAAAUCUUGGAACCUUCUGGCCAUUUCACCUUAAAGGCACUGAGCUAUGAUCCCACCUUACCUUCACCGACUGCGUAUCUGCAAGGGCGGAUAAGAGACUUGGAGCAGAUCUUGAAUCUAUUAAGAGACCAAGGAGUAGUUGUUGAGGAGUAUGAUUGGAACGGAGACGAGGAGGUCGACGAUGAGUUUGAGGAGGACUUCGCUCUCUGA